ACAAGAGCAAUGGGCAGCCAACUGCUGGCGGCGGCGCCACCAGCGAAACGUCCGUUGAUCUCAUCCACGAUCACUACCACCACCACCCACGCUACCGCCGGCGACGGAACCACCACCACCAUAUCCUCCCUCGGACAAGACCAGCUUCUCGACAUCUUCCUCCGCCUGCCCAACCUGCCGGCCCUCAUCCGCGCGGCGCUCACCUGCCGCCCAUGGCUCGGCGCCGUCCGCUCCUCCCGGUCCUUCCGCCGCCUCUUCCGCGCCCUUCACCCAGCGCCGCUCAUCGGGCUCUUCAUCGACAUCGACGGCGCCGCCGCCCCCUCCUUCGUCCCCCUGCGCCGCUCAGAUCCCAACGUCAUAGCCGCCGUCCGCCGCGGCGACUUCCUCCUCACUUCCCUCCCGGUGAAUGCCGACGAGGAUACGAGCUGGUGUAUCACGGACUGCCGCCAUGGCUACGUCCUGCUGUGGAACAAGAUCGUAUGGAAGAAGCCGACCGUCGCUGCCGUGAACCCCAUGACCUGGGCCUUGGACAUCAUCCCGGUGCCCCGCGAUGUCUGGGCUGGGAGGAGUGGGAGACGCCGCCAUUUCGCCUUCCUUGGUUUCCAUCUGCUGUCUUCCCAGGAGAACCCCCGGUCGUUCCGCGUGGUCUGCGUAUGUGCUGACAAGCAAAGAGUUCGUGUCGCCGUCUUCUCACCGGAGACGAGGAAUUGGGUCGUCCACCCGUGGGUGCACGUCGGUGGUGACAACAGCCUCAAGUCCAGCGCCGGCACGCUGGUGGGUGGUUCCGUUUACUGGCCUUUCCACGGCGAAGGGCGCAUGAUUAGGAUCAACACAGCCACCAUGGAUAUCUCCUUUGUGGAUCUACCCUCGCAAAUCAAGGUGUACGGGCACAAUUUCAAGGCCGGGGAGACCAAGGACGGCCAACUAUGCAUUGUCUAUGCGUCUGACGAUUUUCUCCUCCGUGCUUGGACCCGUAGUCUGGACGCCGACGGAAUUGAGGUCUGGGUGCUGAAAAACAUUCUCUCUUUGAGUGAAGGAAUUGAUGAGAUCACUGAGGGGUGUGCUGUGGACUUGCCAGUCGACCUCAAAGUUGUGCAAGUUAGGUCAGGAUACGUGUACUUGUCCGCGACGUGCAUGACCCAUCCUGGCACACUCCGCUGCUGGUUCAUCUCCCUUUCACUCGAGACCACUGAGUUUGAGUUACUGGUUCAUGGGUGUUUUGGUGGCUCUGUCUGUCCGUACAACAUGGCCUGGCCUCCUUGUUUGGUUGGUGAUGAUGGGAGCAUUGGGCAUCAUGAAGUUGAAGGCUCUCACUGAAGUCUGCAGUUGUUUGCCAUGUGAGGAAAUGAAUGAAAAUAUUAUGUGGGUAUGAUCUAACCGUUAUUAAUUACUUUGUUGAUACAAAAUAAUGUCUAUGUUUGCAUUGAAAACUGGAAGAUUGUUCCUUGGUGUCUUAAGUAAUGAUUAGUCCCAUAGAACCCUUUAGAUGCUUCUAAAAAUAUCGGUACCAUUCCGAAGCUAAUGAAUUUAUGGAAGAUUGGAUUUUCAGAUUAUGGAAACUUUCUCUAUGGAAUACU